GUACUUGUCGCAGAGUUCCAGGUCUCCAUACCCGGAAUGAGCUUUGCCAGUUCUACCUGGGCUGCAGCUUCAUCGUCUAGGUUGCCAAAGCGGGCUUUGAGCGCGGUAGCAAAGGCAGCCUCAUUUGCGAACGGGGUCGUGACUCCUUGGACACCUAGCUGUACUGACACAAGUUGGGCAAAGAAGGGAGUGGCCCAGGUACGGGUCCAAUAUCUACGGAGUUGGGAUAGGAACUGGUCACACUCAAUGACGGUUUUUCCAUUGUAUUGUAGGGGGAGUAGGAGCCUCAGUGUCUCCUUGUCGGGAGUGGACACUGGGGACGACAUUACCGGCGACGAGGGGGACGAAGGACUGCCCGUGGGCGAAGGUGGCUGUUGUGACUGUCCGCCGGGUGAACUUCGGGAGGAGCGAGUGCUUAAGCGGCCUCGCGGCAACGACAGUGGUGGAGGCGACGGAGGAAAUCCGGUGGCGGGGUGA